AUGAAGAAUUAUGCGUCACAUCCACUAUUAUCAAGUGGAAGAGGAAGUCUAUAAGACACUCCUUAUUAUAUGGAGUUAAAACCAAAAAAAAAUAAUUCCAAAUUAGCUAAGACUGAAAGAACAACCGCCAAAAACACUAAACAAGACUUGUUGGAAUACUUCAAAAAAGAACGAAAUACUCUAGCAUAAGUAUCUAAUAGUAUUAAAACUUAACUUCAAUAAAAUCGAUCUAUUGACAAUUUGAUUAGUCAGAAAAGUGAACGACUUAAAACACUUAAUGCUUAAUAUCAAUAAUUUCCUUUGUCUUUAGAUUAAAGGAUUCAUACAGAUGAAGGAAAUAACAUCAAAAGAUAAAUUGUCAAGGGGAAGAAUCUAUCCCUUGCUACAAUUCAGAUGGAAUCAAAGUAGUAGAAGAUAGCUAUCAAAUAAGGCAAAGUCAAUUAGACUCCUUUAAACAAUCACAAGGUACCAAAAUCAACAGUAGAUCAAUACUUUUAAGAUCUAUAAAUGAAAAGUGCAAAACAAUAUAAAAAUAAUCAUUACUUAGACUAUCAGCAACAUUUCAACUUUAGGCCUAACAAAAAUUCUUUGUUGUAAGAAUCUCAAACAUUAAAAUAAUCGAUUGAAUAUAUCUUGACUAAAAAUAAAGAAGAUGCCAAAAAGGCUAUUAAGAGGAUAGACUCAACUGAACCUAGAUCAAUUAAUCAAUCCACUCAACAAAAAACUGAUUCAAUUAAAAAAAUGAAUAGAGCUGAUGACUCUAAUCAUUAUGAUUCUAAAAAGCAACUAAAAAUUAUAUUAUUUUAUAAGAACUAAAAGUAAUUCAUAUUUUUAUUUAGAUACAAUUAUUUAUUUGAAUAUCAAAACAAAACCACUGAUAACCUAUAUAAUUUCUUGAUCCAAUAAAUAGCUAGUAUUGAGAAAUCUUUUGUUAAAUAAGGAGGAGGCACAGGAUCAACUGAAGAAGACCACAUUUAAUAAGGUAUACUAUAAUUCUAUAAUUUAGAAAUAAAUAAAGUAUGUCAAUUUUAUUGUGUUACGAAGAAUGUGCCUUAUGAUUAUUAUCUAAGCCUUCCAAAUUUACCAUUAAAUGUCUUUUAAGGAAUUACACUUUAAUUAUAACCAUUAAUUGCUUAAUAACCUUAAGGCAAAAGAGUGACUUUGAAAGAUUUCACUCUUGUCAAAUGUAUAGGAGUGGGCGGUUUCUCGAGAGUGUAUUUAGUGAGAAAAAGAGAUAAUGGGAAAUUUUAUGCUCUAAAAUUGAUUGAUAAGAAGUUUAUAAUGGAUAAUCAAAAAGAAGUUAUUGUUUAGAAUGAAAGAGACAUUAUGGUUAAGAUGGAUAAUUAAUUUAUCACUCCAUUGCACUUUGCAUUUGAAACCAAAUAUUAUAUUGCAUUUGUUCUUGAUUAUUGUGCAGGAGGAGAAUUAUUCUUUCAUUUAAGAAAACUUAAGAGAUUGAGUGAAGAAAAUGCAAAAUAUUAUUUUGUUGAAAUUUGUAUAGGUAUGGCAUAUUUACAUUCAUAAAAUAUUAUUUAUCGAGAUAUUAAACCUGAAAAUAUAUUAUUAGAUUUGCAUGGACAUCUCUUACUAAGUGAUUUUGGACUUAGUAAACCUAAUAUGGCUCCAGAAGAUUUUGCUUAUUCUUUUUGUGGAUCACCUGAAUACAUGGCUCCAGAAAUGCUUCUCAAAACUGGUCACAACUAUUUAGUUGAUUGUUAUUGCUUAGGAGCAUUGCUCUAUGAAUUAGUUACAGGAUUACCUCCAUUCUAUUCUCAUAAUACUCAAGAAAUCUAUAACUCAAUCUUAACAGAACAAGUUCAAUUUCCUCCUUAUGUACAAAUCUCAGAUGAGUUAAAAGAUUUAAUUUAUUAAUUACUCGAAAAAGAACCUUCAUAAAGAAUAGGAUAAUCUUAAGGUGUCAUUGAAAUCCUAACUCAUCCUUGGUUUGCAGAUGCUGAUUUUGAAGCCAUAGUUAACAAAAAAAUCAAGCCUCCUUACAAACCACAACCAUUGCAAUAUAAUUUCGAUGAAGAAGAAUUCAAUAAAGGAGAUGCAGAGUUUAGAAAAUAAUACAAUAUCAAUUUAUAAAAAGAAUAUGUAAAUUAUUGCUUUAAUUUAGACUAAUGAAAAUUUUAGUAAUCUCAUUCUUCAAAAUUUUUAUUUCUCAAGAGAAGAUCUUCCAUAAAAACCAGAACACAAGUCUAAAAGAUCAAAUGCUAUCAAUCUAAGCCAACUUCAUUUGGAAGGUGUACCUGAAAUUUAGAAUUCACCAGAAAGAAUAGGAGUUUAGGCUUUCUCAACUGAUCUUAGAAGAGUCUAAAAAUAUUAAGGCAAAUCAGAAGUUUAAGAUGGCUUAAAACGAAAUAAUUAAAAUAAUAACAAAUCAAAUUCUCUAAUUUCAUCUUCUAAAAUAGGUCAUGCUUAUUCUAAAACAAUGUAACAACAAAAUUCACAUCCUGAUUUAAAAGUAAUCUUAUUACUCAAAUAUAGACUCUUAAAUUUAUGAUUGAUUCUUCCAAAAUACAACUUAGUACUGAGAGAAAUGCUACAUUGCCUGAGAAUCAAAGUUCUAAAUUCUAAAAUAAUCGAAUUAAGACUGAACAGAUCACUUAGAUGUUAUAUCCUAAAACUACUACUAAUUAAUAGUUUAAUAAGUAAUCCAAUCUAUAAAAAUUGUUUGGGUCUGAUAAAAGAAAAAAAUGA